AUGAAAGGGGAGUAUUCAGGACUACAAUCUAAAAUUAAAAGUCAAGAAAAUCAAAAAAGUGUUUAUAUAUGGUGCUAUAGUCAUGUGCUUAACUUAUGUGUAUGUGAUACUUGUAAAGGCGUAGAAGCUAAAAAACUGUUUGGAUUUUUGAAUCGAUUAUCAACAUUUUUUAGUGAUUCUUAUAAACGUAUGCACAUAUGGUUAAGUGAAAUUGAUUCAAGUUUGGGGUCUAAUAAAUUGAAAAAACUUCAAAAAAUAGGAGAAAACAAUACGCGAUGGUGGUCGCGAGAAAAAGCACUGUUUUGGAUUUUUGAUGGUGAUAAAUGUCUUUUUCCUACAGUUGUAAGUGCUUUGCAUCAUAUUUCUAUUUCUAGAAAUUUUGAACCUAAAGUUUGUUCAGAAGCAUCUUCUUUAUUAGAUAAUUUAUGUAAUUUUAAAAUAAUUCUCACAGCUCAUAUAUUUUUGAAUAUCUUUAAAAUUAUUGGGCCAACGUCACGUUAUCUUCAGACAAGAGGUAUGGAUUUAUUAUCAGCUUGGAGUGUGGUAGAUUCUGUUAAACAAGAAAUUGGACAUUUAACCUUUGACAAUAUUUUAGAAAUUUCUGUACAUUUUUCCAACAAUAUGAAUGACUUACUUAAUAGCAAAGCAGAAAAAAAAGGAAUGUAUGAUGAGCUAUGUGCAGACGAAACUCCAGAGUUACCAUUAGACAAGUUCAGAGUUGAAACUUAUCAAUCAAUAGUUGAUCACAUUAAUAAUAGUUUAAAUGAACGCUUCACCGACAACAAUCAAUUGAUUGCGGAUGUUCAAUACUUGAUACCUAAAAAUUUUAAACAAAUUGAACAAAUGCCAAACACAGCUUUAAAACACUUGGCUAAUUUAGCAUAUUUAGAUCACAUACAACUUUGCUUAGAACUAAAUAAUUUUUCUAAAAUGUAUCCCAAGUUAAAAAUGUCUACAACAGAAAGAACUAAACAAAUAUACCGUCAAUUUGAUACUGAUUCAGAUGAAAACUCAGAUAAUGAUGAAGAAAAUAUGAAUUAUGAUGCAGCAUUUUCUUGUAACAACAAAAACAGCAAACAUGAUACUAACAAUUGUUUACAAUGUGUAUACAAACUUGUAUACAAUUUAAACAUGCAUAUCUCGCCUUAUACUCAACUAUGUGCUUCAUAUGAGUUUUUUCUUACUUUGUCAGUCACCGAAGUCAACUGCGAAAGGACAUUCAGCAAACUAAAGCUUUUUAAAACAAGACUCAGAGCCAAUAUAAGUCAAGAUAGUUUAGAAGCACUCUUAAUUAUGAGUGUUGAAAAACAAUUACUCAAUGAAAUUGAAAUUUCAAAUGUCAUUGAAUAUUUAAAAGCUAGUUCUACAGUAAUGACUAAAAUGUUUUCAAUAUAA